GAUACCUGCUGAUAUUAUUGACUGUGACAUAUUGGAGGAUGCAUAUUGUAUUCUUAAGUUUCUCGAAAUCAAACAUAUACAAAACCGAGCACCUGUCAGAGAUUACCUUACGGAACUUGAUGAUGGAAGUAAUGAAUGCAAA